UGUGUCCCCCGUGCCCCCCAGUGUCCCCCGGCGUGCCCGCGGCGAUGCCGGAGGCCGUUCACUACAUCCACCUGCAGAACUUCAGCCGCUCGCUGCUGGAGACGCUCAACGGGCAGCGGGUGGCGGGGCAGUUCUGCGACGUCACCGUGCGCAUCCGCGAGGCCUCGCUGCGCGCCCACCGCUGCGUGCUGGCCGCGGGCAGCCCCUUCUUCCACGACAAGCUGCUGCUGGGCCACUCGGCCAUCGAGGUGCCGCCCGUGGUGCCCUCGGCGGCCGUGCGGCAGCUGGUGGAGUUCCUGUACAGCGGCAGCCUCGUGGUGGCCCAGUCGGAGGCGCUGCACAUCCUCACCGCGGCCUCGGUGCUGCAGAUCAAGACGGUCAUCGACGAGUGCACCCAGAUCAUCUCGCAGAGCCGCGGCCCCGCCGUGAUGCCCCCGGCCCAGAAGCUGCCGCCGGGGCCGCCGGCGGAGCUGGAGAACUUCUCGGAGCUGGUGCCGAGCGGCCACAGCCGGAAGCAGCGGCAGCCGCUGCGCCUCGCGCCGACGCUCAAGGAGGAGGAGGAGGCGGCGGCGGAGGAGGAAGAGGAAGACGAGGACGGCGGUGCCCAGGAGGGCGUCGUCCCGCCCGGCGCGGCCCUCCCGGCUUUCCCGGCGCCAGACCCGCCGUUUUUCGGCGCCCCCGAGGCGUUCCCGGACGCGUUCCUGGCGCCCUGGGCCGGCGACGACGGCGGCGCCGCGUUCGGGGCCGAGCGCGGGCGGGAGGCGCCGUGCGGGGACGGGUUUGGGUUCGGGGCGCCCCCGGCGUUGCCGCCGCCCUACGAGGGCGGGGCGGAGGCGGGGGGAGCCCCCCCCGUGCCCACGGUGCCCCCGGUGGGGCCCCCGCGCGGCCCCCAGCCCCCCUACCAGUGCGGGCACUGCCAGAAGAGCUUCAGCUCCCGCAAGAACUACACCAAGCACAUGUUCAUCCACUCGGGUGAGAAGCCCCACCAGUGCUCCAUCUGCUGGCGCUCCUUCUCUCUCCGGGACUACCUGCUGAAGCACAUGGUGACCCACACGGGCGUCCGCGCCUUCCAGUGCGGCGUCUGCUGCAAGCGCUUCACCCAGAAGAGCUCCCUCAACGUCCACAUGCGAACCCACCGCCCCGAGCGCUUCCAGUGCCGCCUCUGCACCAAGGGCUUCUCCCACCGCACCCUCCUGGAGCGCCACGCCGCCGCCUCCCACCCCGGGCCCCCGCCGGGGCCGCCGCCGGGGCCGCCGCCGCUGCCGCCGGAGGCCGGAAUGGCCGCGUGGCCGGGGACUGACGCCGCGGGUGCCGGCCCCGCUCACACGGCGUGAGGGGGCACCGGGGGGGGGGGUCUCUGCCCCCCAGACUCCUCAAAGGUGGAUUUUUGGGGGCUCCGGGCCUGUUUGAGGUGACACCUGGAGGAAGCCGAGCCACGGGGACGUUCCCGGGGACAGGAGAAGGGGAACAGAGCGGGGGAGUCGGGAACACCCGGCGGGAGCACGGAGCAAAUCCUCCUGGAAGCCGGGCAGACGGGACGCCAGGAGGUGGUUGGUGAUGGCCUCGGUGGAGCUCGGGGGCUCUUUGGGUGGUGAUGACAUCAUCAGCAUGGACUUGUGCAAAGCACCUGAGGUGGAUCCCAAGGAAAUCCUGGAACUGAGCUGGAGAGGCAGGGAUUGGAUGGGUGGGCCGCACCCUGAGGCCAGAGGAGAUGCUCCAGGGGCUGGAGAGAGUUGGGGUGUCCCACUGGGAGAAGGGAAGGAUCUGGG